AGCUUUAUCAUGAGUUUCCCAACAACUACUAAAGCAAAAGAACUUGAUUACCAAGGCCCAAAGUGUUCUGAAGAUAGGACCACUUUUAACAGCACCUACCAAGGAAACCUCAUGACACUUUUCUCAUCCCUAUCUUCCAAAGCCACCAUCACCAUCUUCUACAACAACACCAUCAUAGAGAACAAAGAUACUUCUAAUGCAGUGUAUGGACUCUUCAUGUGCAGGGGUGAUGUACCCUUUGAUGUUUGUGGAGACUGCGUUCAAAGCGCAACCCAUGUUCUCUCUACAGAGUGCACCUUAUCCCUAUGGGGUAUGAUCUGGUACGAACAAUGCAUGGUUCGGUAUUCCAACACUCGUUUCUUUUCUGUUCCAAAAACAGAGCCCUUCACUCCCAUGUCCAACAACUUCAAUGUUUCCAUUAAUCAAGACAUCUUUGUCCCUCUUCUUGCCAACACAAUGAACAAAACUGCAGAUCAAGCCGCGUUUUCUCUCGACAAGUAUGCCACAAAGGAACAAAAGGUAACAAAACUUGAGACGAUUUUUGCUCUUGCUCAGUGCACUCAGGACCUCUCGGUUGGAGAUUGCAGAUCUUGUCUUGGAUUCGCCGUUGGGCAGAUCCAUGAAUGUUGUAAAGGAAGACGAGGAGGGAGAGUAUUGCUCCCCAGCUGUAAUGUUCGCUUUGAAUUUUACCCUUUCUAUCGUCAUGGCGUCUCUAAAGCACUUGCUCCGGCUACAAAGUAUCAAAUCAUGGAGUCGAAAUAUUCGCCAGAUCCGGGUUAUUUGUCUCACCAAUGUUCAAAUAAUCAACCCACAAACUUACAGAAACGCCUAACGACGCUCCUCUUUGACUUGUCUUCCAAGGCAAGAAACUCGAACGACAACGAGUUCUACAUGAGCAAUGUUAGCAACAACUUCUUUGGCCUCUACUUGUGCCGCGCUGACCUACCCUCUUCUCUCUGCGCAGACUGCAUAGUCAACGCCACAAACCGAAUCGCCUCCGAGUGUCCAACGUCCAUGGAGGCUGUAAUCUGGUACAACCAUUGCUUGCUUCGUUACUCCAACUACUCUUUCUUCAGAACAAUGGGAACUAAUCCGAGAUUCAAGAUGAUGAAUGUUACCGACUAUGACGAUUACAAAAGCUACUACAAGUACGAACUGUGGAGUGCGUUGACGAAGGUGGCCGGAGAAAUCUGGGAUCGGAGUGACAGAUAUUACACAGAGUCGUUUGUGUUGAACGAUGUGCAAAGAUUGUUCGUGCAGGGGCAGUGCACGAAAGAUUUGGCUACUUUGGAUUGUAAUUACUGUAUUCACGAUGUGAUUGAAACGGCGAUUCCAUGGUGUUGUUUGGGAAGCAUAGGUGGCAGAGUUUUGUAUCCAAGCUGCACUUUGAGGUUUGAGUUGUUUCCAUUCUAUAGGAAUGGUACGGACGAUCAGCCUCCGUCAACUACAACUACAGUGAAAACUGGUCGAUCACGAGCAGUUAUCUUGAUUAUUGUUGUCCCCGUUGUUGCUUUGGUGUUACUCCUCUCUUUUUGUUGCUAUUUGUUUCGGAAAAGAACAAGAAAAAGUUACAAGAAGACCAUCCUCAGGAAAAAUUUUGGUCAUGAAAGUAACACUAUAGGGGGCUUGCAAUUCAAUUUGUCUAUAAUUGAAGCGGCAACAAAUCACUUUUCACAAGAGAAUGAGAUUGGCAAAGGUGGAUUUGGACAAGUUUACAAGGGUGUUCUUCCUGAUGGACGACAUAUAGCUGUAAAGAGACUUUCAAAAAGUUCUACCCAAGGUGCUACUGAAUUCAAAAACGAGGUUUUAUUAAUAGCCAAACUUCAACAUAAAAAUCUAGUGGCAUUUUUAGGAUUUUGUCUUGAAGGACAAGAGAAGAUACUUAUCUAUGAAUAUGUUCCAAACAAGAGCUUGGAUUACUUUCUGUUCGAUCCUCAUUCCGAGAAGUUGUUAAAUUGGUCUGAACGCUAUAAUAUUAUAGAUGGAAUUGCUCAGGGACUUCUUUAUUUACAUGAAUAUUCUCGUCUCAAAAUUAUUCAUCGUGAUCUUAAACCUAGUAAUAUAUUACUAGAUGAAAAUAUGAAUCCUAAAAUUUCAGACUUUGGUCUUGCUCGAAUCAUAGAUCAACAACAAGGAUCUGCAUCUAGAGUUGUUGGAACCCUGGGUUAUAUGUCUCCUGAAUAUGCAAUGCAAGGAAAAUUUUCUGAAAAGUCAGAUAUUUUCAGUUUUGGAGUCAUGAUUCUCGAAAUUAUUACAGGAAAAAAGAAUGUAGGAUCCAACGAAUUGUACCGUAUUGCAGAGGGUCUUCUAAGCUUAGUAUGGAGACAAUUUUGCAACCAAACACCACUAUCCGUAUUAGACCCAAAAAUGAAAGAAAAUUGUUCUGAAUUUGAAGUUAUAAGGUGCAUUCAGAUUGGUUUAUUGUGUGUUCAAGAAGAUCCAGACGAAAGACCUACAAUAUCAACAAUUGUGUCAUAUCUUAGUAAUAUCUCACUUGAAUUGCCUUCUCCACGAGAACCAGCAUUUUUCUUGCAUGCUAAAAUGAAUCCAACAAAAACAAUUGCUGGCGAGUCAUCGAGUUCUUUCUCUGUUAAUGAGAUAUCUGAAAGUACCUUUCUUCCGAGAUAGGAACCAAUUUAUAUAUAAUAUAUAUGAUGGUGUAUAAUAAA